AUGGGAAAGAAUGAAGAUGUAGAUACUGAGCAGUAUGAAUCACAAGAAUCUGCGCGUACAUCUGGUGACAUUAGCCUCACUUCUCCGGAAACCACACGAUCAUCAACUACAACAUCUUCACAAAACUUAGAAUAUGAACCUCCGGUGGAAGAGGGGUGUACUACAGUUGAGGUGGAACCGGUGCAGCGCAUGGAAGAGAUGGAGGAAGAGCCACUCAGAAUAUCAUCACCAAUAGCAGCGUACAUCAACAAACGUGAGAAGGAACUAGUAAUGCGUUUUAAGAGGAAGCUGGAAGAGAAGACUCAAAUGCUGCGGGCUGACAUCAGAAAGCAGAGAAAGGAACUGAAACUGAUGAAGGAGCAGCUUAACACACUGAAGGAUUCUAAAUUUCAGGUGCAGCCAACCAUGCCAUACUACAUUAGCAGUGAUGAGUCCCAGGCUUUGGAGCCAGCUCCCAAGAAACAACGCACUGAGCAAAUGGAGAAGUCCUUUUCAGAUACCAGUGAGACCAAAAGCUUUCAUGCUUUAUGUCCACCUCGUUCAAUAAGGUUCUCUGAGUUGUUUAAAGAGCCUGGGCCUUUUGGUCCCUCCACCCAGAUCCAGUCCACUGAUGCUCCUCUCCAAUUAGCAGCUGAGAAACAAGAUACAAACAUUGAGAGCCAGGAAGAAGAAAGUCAAAGUUUUGUUCCUGAGGACCAGCAGAAACAAGACAUGUCACCACGAACAUAUAGCACAGAUAGUGAUGUUCUUCCUGCCAGCAGUUCUCCGUCUCCCGUAUCUUCUGACUCAGAUAUAAGCUCCCUGGAGACCACACAGGAUUACAUCCAACUUUGGCAUAAGACAUCAGACCCAAACAGUCACAUCAAAUAUGAAGUGAGAAGUUGGCCUUGCACUGACCAGGACCAAGGCGAUGGAUCUGAGCCCAGAGUGAGUUGUUACUACUCGUGUCACCCUGUGGAAGUGGGCCAGCAGGAACUAAAUCCUGGGGAAGAAACCCAGGAAACUUCAGGUCUGCAGGCUUUCCAGGACACUGCUGAUGAUCCAUCAGAAAAAGUCAGUGCUUACUUAUCUUCAGACCAGUCUGAAUCAGAUGAGUAGCUGAACCAGCAGUAUUCUCAUACAAAGCCUUCGGGGGGGCUCCUAGAGUCCCUUGGGCUUAUACUUACUUUUUUCCCCCCAUAAAACUGUUUUUGUAAUUUUCAGUUGAACACAACCUAUUUUUUAAGCUAUACUGCAGUAUUAUCCCUAGUGUGCUAGUGUGUGACAGCAGCCAGGCCAUGGCAGGAGACCACUGUCCCAAUAUACCCUGCCCAACUUCACAUACAGCUCUUCUAGACAGGCUGUAGUGUGCUCAAGUUAAAAUGCCUUUUUUUUCUGUCAAGAAAUAUUUCUAGAAUGGAUUGCAAUCUAGUAAGAAGCUUGUUUUGUCUUAAGCUGAAAUAAUUCUGAGACUCUGUCAAGCCCCGAAUGCUCCCUACAGUGUUACUGGGACCAGGAAACCCACAGGGAAUAGCAUUCCAAUUGUGAGGGGCUCCGACCUAAAAUAAUCAGUUUCACAGUUUAAUAAAAAUUGUUUUUGCAUUUA